AUGAAUAUUAUUUACUUAUUAUUUACAGUGUCAAGUUUUAGCUUCCCAAUUGCCGCUGUGGACCUGAACUUGAACAGUUUACAAUCGUUACAAAAUGCAACUUCCUUAGUAGCAUACGGUCUGAUGGAUUAUUACACAGGUGAUCAAUACGGUCAAACUGUCGGGAUGUUCUCCGAUCCAUACUACUGGUGGGAAGCAGGUGGUGCAUGGGGUACCAUGUUGGAUUAUUGGUAUUUUAUGCAGAAUGACACUUACAAUGAUAUAAUAACGGCAGCCUUGCUACAUCAAGUGGGUACUGACAACAACUAUAUUCCUUUAAAUCAGUCAACAACAGAAGGGAAUGAUGAUCAAGCAUUUUGGGGCAUUACUGUGAUGACUGCUGCAGAAAGGAAUUUCACAAAUCCUCCUGAGGACCAACCUCAAUGGCUAUAUUUAGCACAAGCAGUGUUUAAUACGAUGGCAUUAAGGUGGGACGCUGAUAGCUGUGGAGGUGGUCUAAGAUGGCAAAUUUUUGUUUGGAAUUCUGGCUAUGACUAUAAGAAUUCUGUCUCAAAUGGUGCAUUAUUUCAUAUGGCUGCCAGACUGGCACGAUAUACUGGAAAUCAAAGUUAUGUCGAUUGGGCAGAAAGGGUAUACGAUUGGAUGUCUGACGUUGGUCUCAUAUCGAAUGGGUCGUACAAAUUUGUGUAUGACGGUGCUAGUACAACAGAUAAUUGUACUGUACUUACAACCUACCAGUGGACUUAUAACCAAGGGUUAUUGCUCUCAGGUGCUGCAUAUUUAUACAACUACACUGGCUCUGAUACUUGGCUUCUUCGAACAAAUCAAUUACUAAAUGCAUCAAGUGUGUUCUUCAAUAACAGUAUCCUUUAUGAAGCAGCCUGUCAGAAGAGUGGGACAUGUAAUAACGAUCAGCGAUCGUUCAAAGCCUAUUUUUUACGAUUCUUAGGUCAAACUGCUCAGCUAGUAUCGGAAACACAACCAACAAUUAUGAAAUGGUUAAAUGCAUCAGCAUAUGCAGCAGCUCAAUCAUGUUCAGGUGGGACUGAUGGUCAUACAUGUGGUUUAAAUUGGUUUUCAGGAGGAUGGGAUGGAAUGUAUGGUCUUGGUGAGCAGAUGUCUGCAUUAGAAGCUCUGGUAAACACAAGAGUACUCCACCUUCCAGGCCCAUAUAACUCAACAGAUGGGGGAUCCUCUAUAGGAAAUAGUGCUGCAGGAACUGAGCAAGAAGCAACCAAUUUGGCACCUCUUCACAUAACAGAUGGUUCCAAAGCAGCUGCAGCAAUCAUCACAUCAGUUGUUGGUAUCUCAAUCGUUGCAGCAGGCGUGUGGCUAAUAAUAUGA